CUUAGACCGCGAGGACACGGUCUCGUUUCGAUGGGAGUGUCACAGCUGUGACAGGCUUAUUACGGUCUGUGAUAAUGUGAAGUGCAUAAACGCAUGCGACUUGAACAGACGCAACGACCAGACGGCAGACGUCAUGCAUGAGUGUUUUGGUAGGCGAUUGUGCCGGGAGACCCCUCGGUCGCCCUCGGUUGCCCGGGGAGCCCUGCCGAGGGCUGCCCGUUAAGGCUAGAGUUGCUGGCUUACGUAAGAAUUCUGUCGAAGGCUACCCGCCUAAACUGGAGUUGAACGCUAUCCGACUCUGACUCCCGGCAACCCAGCCAAGUCACAACGGCCCAGGGGCUGGUCAGCGACAGCGGUGUCAUCCAGACCAUCAAUCGCUGACCAGCCCCUCACCGGCCCAGCGCAUUUCCUCCGCCUUCUGCGAGGACCCCCCGUCACGCCUACCAUCGGCUGAGCUACCCACCUUUCAGAUGGAUGCCGACUUGUACGCCCCCCUGUGCAGCCUGAGCAAGGCCGCCCCUCUCGUCGGCCUCAAGAAGAAGCUGAGCACCACCUCCGCCAGCGGUGACGAGGUCAUGCCGGACCUGCUGAACGAGUCCAAGACCGCCGCAACCGCCAGCCCCUUCGGCAACGUGCCGGUGGAGGCGCUACCCAGUCUCAACACCCUCUUCAACGAGUCCAACCCCUAUUGGGAGUUGUUGGGCCCCAAGAGCGUCAAGCCCUCCCCAUUCGCGGGCUUUCACCUGUCGGACGAGCAGAUGGAGGAGAACGUUAACGCCGCGCUGCGCGCCAACGCCACCAUCGCCACGACCAAGGUCGGCCCCGCCAGCAGCUCCGCCAAGUCCGCCAGCAUUGAGGACAAGAUCGCCUCCACCAGCGUCGGCAAGACCAAGCCCACCGGCUACGGCAACGCCAAAACCACCACCGCCGCCAUCAACCACGAGGCCAAGGCCACCGCCGACAAGGAGGUGCUGACCACCGGCGCCGCCAGCCCCAAGACUACGGCCAACGGCAGCAACGACGAGUCGCCUCCCACUAAGACCAAGACGGCCACCGCCUCCGCCACCCUGACGCCUGAGGAGAUGGAGGAGCUGAUGGCGAAGGUGACCGCCGCCGCACACCACGCCGCCACCGCCGCACUGUACGAGUACACCACUGGUGAGCAGUACCGGCUGUUCCGCGCCAUCCUGGGCUGGGAGUCCCUGGCCCGCUUCACAAUGAGUCAGCUGGGUCGCGUGGUGUCCGCGAUCCUGUACCCCGCGCUAGGAUACGAGACGACUGCCCGCGUCAUGGACCAGUGCUUCGCUCUAAACGCCUGGGAAGGGGAACAGCUACUGCAGGGUGUGUCCCGACUCGGACACGCCGUGUCAUCUAACUAACGGAGGCACAGCAUUACCGUGUGGAGCAACAUGUUGGAAACCCUGCUGCUGCACGCCGAUGUGCAGGAGUCCGCCGCGGCUGAGUUCGCGACUGCGGCUGGCACGGUACUCGGCACGCCGACGUGCGCGCCCUCCUGAGGAUAUCCAGAACCGGUAUGGGGUAAUCCAAGACAGUAUUUGAGAUAGGUUACAAGCACUUUGACAGCGGGAACGCAUAUCUUAGACCGCGAGGACACGGUCUCGUUUCGAUGGGAGUGUCACAGCUGUGACAGGCUUAUUACGGUCUGUGAUAAUGUGAAGUGCAUAAACGCAUGCGACUUGAACAGACGCAACGACCAGACGGCAGACGUCAUGCAUGAGUGUUUUGGUAGGCGAUUGUGCCGGGAGACCCCUCGGUCGCCCUCGGUUGCCCGGGGAGCCCUGCCGAGGGCUGCCCGUUAAGGCUAGAGUUGCUGGCUUACGUAAGAAUUCUGUCGAAGGCUA